AAUACAUGGAUUCGUUUGUAUGUUGUUGCUAUUUUUUAUUUCCUCUUAUUUUUCAUGGACGGAACGAAAAAUUACACGUGUGUGUUCUAGCCGGAGCUCUGAAUCAGCCAAUCAGAAAACAGCAUCGUCGGAAAUGUCCAUUAAAUUCAUCCUGACCUAAAACGAUUCGAAUGUGAAUUUUGUCACUCUCUUAUGUGUGUACCGAUGUUUUAGGACGUAACAUGAUUUUUGCUUGAUAUUUUUAUUGUCUUGUGGACAUAUUAAAGAUUCAAAGUGGGAAAGUCGAACUAAAUUACUAGACUAACGUAUACUAAAAGCCGUCAACUCGUUAUUUUGCCAUCAAAGCACCGUUAUCUGCCCAGUUUAUGAUUAUGUAUGUAACGUUAACCUAGUGUGAACUUCACUUGGUUGUGCAUUAUAGAGGUUUAACCUGUGGCACGGCAGUGUAAAUCAGGUGUAAUUUAAGACCAGCAGCUGUCAACUUGCCCUCAGUCAGAACCGCUGUGUGUAAAUGGCAGAGCACGAACUCUUUCAGUAAUGUUUGUGUUGUGUUUAAACGGGGAAUAAUCAGAUGGACUUCACGGAGUGCUAUGGAGACACCUGCUCAGCCGUCGCGCUGGCAGCCCGGGAGGGGAAAGGUCGACGGGUGCAGAAGCUCAUCCAGAGAGGCUUCGCGGUGGACGUGAAAGAUAACCGGGGCUGGAACGCCCUGCAUGAGGCUGCGGCGGCUGGAUCAGCGGAGUGUGUGCGGCUUCUCCUCCCUGCAGCCGUCAAUUGCGAAGACUACGUCAACACUUUGACACAUAACUCAGAGACUCCUCUUUACUUUGCUGCGAGGAAUGGACACCUCCGGGCAGUGAAGUGGCUUAUCAAGGGUGGUGCGGACAUUAACAGGACAACCAAUGAACUCUCCUGUCCCCUCUUUGCAGGUGUAGAUGGUGGGCACGAAGAUGUGGUGGAGCUGCUGGUGGAAAAUGGGGCAAAUGUCAAUGGGACGUACUCGGUGUCAGGCUGGUCUUGUCUCCAUCAAGCUGUUUACAAGGGCCAUACUGAGAUUGUGAGGUACCUGGUGAGCAUGUGCUCUCUGGAGGCUGUUGAUGACUAUGGGAUCACAUCAUUUUUUGUUGCUGCGCAAUAUGGACAUCACCAAUGCUUGGAAAUUCUUGCAAAUGCCGGGGCGAAUGUGAACUGCCAGGCAAAUGAUCUGGCCACACCGCUGCUCAUUGCCGCUCAGGAGGGUCACGUACGGUGUGUGGAGCUUUUGCUGGCCCAUGGAGCUGACCCCAACCUGUACUGCAAUGAGGACUGCUGGCAGCUACCCAUCCAUGCUGCGUCCCAGUUCAGUCGGCUUAGUAUUUUAGAGAAGCUGAUUCCGGUAACGAAGCGAGAAUGUGACCGGGGCGAGGGAAAGGUCAGUCCAGUUUAUUUGGCAGUACUUAGCGGGCAAGCGGACAGCCUGCGGGCCUUGCUAAAGAAGGGCUACAGUCCAGAUGCCCAAAGCUGUCGACAGUUUGGCUACAGCUGCCCUUUGGACAUGGCUCUGUGGUGCAACUCUUGGAAUUUGAACAGCGAGUGUCACCAGAUUCGUGAAAUCACUCUGAUGCUCUUGGCAGCAGGGGCCUAUGUGAGCAUGGGCAUCUAUGCCUUUGCAUUACAGGGCCACGUACCAGAGCACCUGCCCUUGAUCCUAGAGCAUGAUGGCCUCCCUCAGGGUGACCGACUGGAAGAACUGGCCCGUAGAGCCCUUGCUGAGAUGCAGAGCGCCUCUUUCUGGCUCCCCCUGCUGCUCAAAGCAGGAAUGGACCCCAUGCUGCUCCUGCAGGACAAAAUAUUCUCUCUCACCGUCGAGCAGAUGGCACCUGGACACCACAGAAGCAUUUCGAAUCAGUCCCUGCCCUCACCCAUCUGUGCAGACUGGCAGUGCGGGCAGCGGUGGGCAGCAAUGCUCUGUCUAAGACCUCCUUUAUCAAACAGCUGCCCAUCCCCACGCUGCUUCAGGACUACCUUCAGUUCAGCGACGUCCCAGGCUUGCUUACAUAGCGGCCUGAUAGGCAUGUGUGGCUAAUUAAGUUAUGUCAACUUGUUCCACUGCAGUAUUUUGUAUAUAAUGUUAAUACAAUUUUAAUGACUGCUCAAUGACGCUGGACUCUUUUCAUUACCUUGAUAUUUAGAAAAUGUGGGAGGACAAAUGGAGAAUUCCACCAAUUUAUCUUCACUGUUCUGUUCCCCUCUUACACAGCUGGCCUUCAUACUGAGUUGGUGUUGAAAUUCACCUCUGCUCCAUGUCUUUGGUCUGCCUCGUUAUCUUCUCUCUCUCAGCGGCUCUCCUCUCUGUCUGCCUCCAAGGUCACUCUGCCUCAAAAACGCAUACUCUCCUCGAAAGUUAAUUGCCAACACAGCCACACUCAUUCAGAGAUGCUACUAUCUGCCUUUGGUCAUACUAUGUAUUUAACAUUUUAUGUUACCUUUUAGGAAUAUGCAUAGCACACCUUCAAAAGCCUCUUAAUUUAAAAUCCUCUGUAUCUCUGCUGCGUGAUGCUCUCAACCUCUUGCUGUUAAUCUGUUUCUAUUUCACACAGAGCCAAUGUUCCAGUAUUUUACAUUUUUUCUACAGUACAUAUCCUGGCAAAUUGUUUUUAACACCUCUUUAACAUCAAUUAUGGAAAGACCAACUGAUGCUUGCAUAAUUGUGUUACAAAAAUCAUGUUAUAUAACAUCGUGGUGUUCCUUAUUUCCAAGCCAUUUCUUUUGGAAUACUGUAUACCAUGUGCAAACAGCAGGGGGAGAACACGGAUAAUUGACAGCAUAACCGCCAGUCCUACCUACACUACCUAGCAGCUUGUCUACGUGAAAGAGGAGAGCCAUUUCUGCUCCCUCCCUGAUAUCUUGAAUUUAGAGCAAACCAGAGGCUGUGUCUCAGCAACUCUGUGCCUUGUUCUAGACAAUCAGGCCACCUCUCUGUGGGAGACUCUGAAAAGGCAAGGCAUUAGUAAUCAUGUGCAUUAAGCUUUUCUUGUGCUGCAGAGUGGCUCAGGAUUUGGAGGCUUUGAGCUCUGGGGAAAAUCAUCACAGUGGAGCACAUUGCCUGUCUCUUUAUUUAAAUCACAUGGGAUUUAGUUUGUCUCAGUGUAAGAUCCAGCUUGGAAACAUAGAGCUGUGAUCAUUGCCUCAUUGUGCUAUCCUCACCAUGGACCUGAAUCAUGAGGACACAGUUGCCUGGCGACUUGCUGAUGGGAAAUAUCUGCUAAAAUAUUACCAGGGGAGUUGUUUUUUCCCCCCUAGACCUUCUAGAACAUCUCAUACAAGGCGCAUACGUGUUAAUACUGUAUAGAUUUCAAUCAGUAAGGACAAAAGCAUUAAGGCUGCUUUGCUUCUGCAUAUUACAUCACCUGUUGGGAAUCGUCCAACGUUGGUGGUGUAUGAAUGAUUUAUUUUCCUCAGUAUGAUUAGAUAAUUCUUGCCUUUUUGAUGGAAGAGUACUGGAUCUUAUUGCAUUUGUGCAGUCUGUUACCCACUGCUAACACACUCCAUGGAAAUAAACAAGGGUGAUGGGCUUCUGUUGGCUUUCACUGAACAUGA